GUCCGAUAGUCUUGUUAGAAUGUGACGAGCUCCGCCGGUCUUUGACUAUCCUUCCUGUUCCUGGAAUUUGUCCGAAGACGGUAAUAAAUUCUUUAAAGGAUCCUGCUUUGAUAUCGGAUCUUAUUUCAAGCCCAGGAGGAACUAUUUCAUUGUGUGCCGUGAGUCUUAAGAUUUAGAAAGUUUUUAUGACAUAGUUUACAGAGUACUUGAGAAAAAAAAUUAAACUUUUUUUUCUUAAAAGUGUAUCGGUACUUUAAGUAAUUUUAACUGAGAGGGAUUUUUAAGCGGAUUGGGCGAUGGAGGGACUGACGGAAUUUGUGUCCAAGUCGUUUGAGGAGUGCACUGAUAACAUCAAGAAGGAGACACUGAGUGUACCCGUGUUGUGUGACGACAAAAACAAUCUGGACACUGAAAACAUCAAGAUCACCAGUUCGGGAAGUGAAGACGAGAAAAGCUGUGAUGAAUCCGACGACGAACUGUCUAUAGGAGGAAGAGAAAAGGGCGUUUUAACUGUAAAAACAGAUUUGAAGGAUGGGAAGGAGAAGGAGGAAGAAGGCUCCCCUAAAGUCAAACAGAGACGAAGCAGAACAAACUUCACCCUAGAACAGUUGAACGAGUUGGAACGUCUAUUUGACGAGACCCAUUACCCCGACGCCUUCAUGAGAGAAGAACUCAGUCAGAGACUUGGGCUGUCAGAAGCACGAGUUCAGGUAUGGUUCCAGAACAGACGUGCCAAAUGCCGGAAACAGGAGAGUCAGAUGCAGAAAGCUGGUCUUCUGAUGCAGUCCCAAGGUACCCCGCUGGACCCGUGUCGGGUGGCCCCAUUCAUGAACUUUCCUCAAGUCCGAGAACCAGGGAUAGAGAGACUGCCAUACCCACCAUUCUACCCCUUCCUACCCCUCCAUCCCGCCGCUGCCGCCGCCGCUGCUGCUGCCGCUGCCAGCGCUUCUCAACAUCCUAUUCAUCCGAUGCUUCUUUACCAUCACCAUCUCGCUGCCCUCAACUACACCGCACUUCCGGACAGCAGCUUCCGGUCCGCCAAGAAUUCCAGUAUCGCAGAUUUACGUCUCAAAGCGAGGCAACACUUGGCAAGCCUCGGGAUAUAACCCGGAAAAAAAAAGACGAUUGUAAUAGCGAAAAUUAGGAACUUGGUUUGCUGAAACGGAUUAAGACUGUUUUCCAGCUCAAAUAAUGACGACUUGACGACAGUCAUUUCUAAGCCGGGUGCGAGAUGUAUCAUUAGAAAUAAUGUGAUCAAAGCUACAAACAAGCAAACAAACAAUGGAUUCGUGUCUCUGUGACAAUUCUGAUUGUGACAAAACACGCUGUGUCGAGCGUCGAGACUCACGAUGGCGAACGAACUCCAGAUUUCGUUUCAACAGAAGACCAUCCAAUCGCCCAUGCCACAUGUUUAAACGUGACUGUUUCAUACCUUAUCCUGGCAGAAACCCUUUGACAAUUGCCAAAGAAAUGCGACCUUUUCAAGCCGGACUUGGGCCGUAAAAAUUGGUUGAAGGCACGCUGCUUUGCACAAAGAGCAGAGAUAUACAGAUCUUGUACGCUCUACUUGAACUUUGGACAUGCGUGGUUUCAUUCUCACCCGGGUCGGGUGAACCUGAUUUUGCACAUUACCGUAAUCUAUGUUUAUGCAUAUCCUUUUAAGUGUGACGUUGUGUGUGUUUAAACGAGGACUUGUAAACACACCCAGUGACUAUUUGUCUAUACCCAACUUCGUUAGUCGGGAUUUUGUUUAUCCGAUUGCUAUCAGGUAUGAACAGUGAACCCCCGGUAAUGCGGAACCCCCGAAAUCCGGACAGGUACAGAAACGCAUGUACGUGUACACAACCUUGAAAUUGAUCUGGUAAUAAUGUCAAUGUUACAAUGAAACCGACCGGAUUAAUAGGUAUAUCUGUUACUCCGGUCGGUAUUGAUGGUGUCCAGAUUAAAGAGGUUUGCCUAGA